CAGACAGAGAGAGAGAGAGAGGUUGCAAAGGAGAAUUAGAGACAGAAAGCAAGGAAUGGAAUGGAAAGGAAGCUUCUUCUAACCAGAAAUAGAGACUGCUGUGGUUUUGUAUGAAAUCUGUGGGACAACACUAGCUCUUUAUUUCUCGGAAGCAAGACAGAGAUGCCAUUUAGUUGCUUCUUCUUAUUCUUAGCUAUUGAAGUGAAUGCUCUUCAUGCUGCUUCAGGAACUCAGGAUUUUGGAUUUGGAAUUGCAUGUCCUCUUGGCUAUUUCCCUUGUGGGAAUAUCACAAAAUGUUUGCCUCAGCCCUUUCACUGCAAUGGGAUAGAUGACUGUGGGAAUCACGCAGAUGAAGAGAACUGUGGUGAUAACAGUGGAUGGUCUCAGCAGCUGGAUGCAAUUUAUGAUAAAAAGGCUUUCCAAUAUUCCUUGGACUUGGAAACAGAUGAAUGUUUGGUUGGUUCUGUGCCAAUAGAAUGUUUGUGCCGUGGUUUAGAGCUUGACUGCGAUGGUGCUGGUUUGCUCGUCAUUCCUUCGGUCUCUUCUAAUGUAACUUUGAUGUCCCUAAAAGGGAAUCAGCUGAGAAAGCUUAUUGCCAAUGUUUUCAAAAAAUAUCAGGAUCUUCAAUACCUGUACCUUCAAAAUAAUAAUAUAAGUUUUGUGUCAGGACAUGCUUUCAGAGGACUCUACAAUCUGACAAAGCUAUAUCUGAGUCACAACAAGAUAACCUUUUUGAAACCCCAUGUCUUUGAAGAUCUACAUAAACUUGAAUGGCUCAUAAUUGAAAACAAUACAAUAAAAUGUGUCUCACCACUAACCUUUUAUGGGCUGAACUCACUAAUUCUCCUAGUUCUGAUGAACAAUUCUCUUGCCCAGUUGCCUGAUAAACAUCUUUGUCAACAUAUGCCAAGGAUAAACUGGCUGGACUUUGAAGGCAACCAUAUCCACAAUUUCAGGAAUGUCACUUUCAUCUCCUGUAGCAGUUUAACAGUCCUCGUUUUGAGAAGAAACAAAAUCAGCUCUGUAAAUGAAAAUAGCUUCUCUGCUCUUCAGAGAUUAGCUGAACUAGACUUGGCUAACAACAAGAUUGAAUCGCUUCCUCAACACCUAUUUAAGGAUCUGAAAGAACUCUCACAGCUAAAUCUUUCAUACAAUCCAAUCCAGAAAAUAGAAGCAAACCAGUUUGAUUAUCUUAUUAAACUCAAUUCACUAAGCCUAGAAGGCAUUGAAAUUACAAAUAUCCAAAGAAGAAUGUUCAGCCCACUUAAAGAGCUUUCCCAUAUAUAUUUCAAAAAAUUCCAGUAUUGUGGCUAUGCUCCCCAUGUACGCAGCUGCAAACCAAAUACUGACGGAAUCUCCUCCUUUGAGAACCUCUUGGCCAGCAUUAUACAGAGAGUAUUUGUCUGGGUUGUGUCUGCUGUCACUUGCUUCGGGAACAUCUUUGUCAUCUGCAUGCGGCCUUACAUUCAGUCGGAGAACAAACUCCAUGCUCUGUCGAUAAUGUCACUCUGCUGUAAGUAUCAAGGCAUGCCUCGCUCUUUGCUAGAUUUUCACCAGAGGUUAUUUAAAGAGAGUGUAAAUGAGGCUAGUACAAAUAACAUACAGUCACAUGUUUUCUCCAUAGGUGCAGAUUGCCUCAUGGGAAUAUACUUGUUUAUGAUUGGAGCCUUUGACCUGAAAUACCGUGGGGAGUACAAUAAGCAUGCUCAGUUGUGGAUGGACAGUAUCCAUUGUCAGCUGGUGGGAUCUCUGGCUGUUCUAUCUACAGAAGUAUCCGUUUUAUUGCUAACCUACCUGACUUUGGAAAAAUACAUCUGCAUAGUUUACCCAUUUAGAUUCUUGAGGCCAGGAAAAUAUAGGACAAUUUCCAUAUUAGUUCUCAUCUGGAUGAUAGGGUUUGUAGUUGCUUUUAUUCCACUCAGCAAUAAGGAUUUUUUCCAUAACUACUAUGGCACUAAUGGUGUCUGUUUCCCUCUCCACUCUGAGCAGUCUGAAAGUACUGGAGGUCAGAUUUAUUCUGUCAUAAUUUUCCUAGGUGUAAAUUUGGUAGCGUUUAUCAUCAUAGUAUUCUCCUAUGGAAGUAUGUUUUAUAGCGUCCAUCAGACAGCGAUUACUGCAAUGGAAAUCCAGAAUCAUGUGAAGAAAGAGAUGACCCUUGCCAAACGCUUUUUCUUCAUCGUAUUUACGGAUGCACUAUGCUGGAUACCCAUAUUUACACUAAAAUUGCUUUCCUUACUUCACGUAGAAAUUCCAGGUUCUAUAACUUCCUGGGUUGUGAUUUUCAUAUUACCAAUAAAUAGUGCCUUGAACCCUCUUCUCUAUACAUUAACCACCAGGCCUUUCAAGGAAAUGAUUAAUCAAGUUUGGCACAAUUACAAACAAAGAAGAUCCUUGGGAGGCAAAAACAACCAGAAAAUGUAUGGUCCAUCAUUUAUCUGGGUAGAGAUGUGGCCUACGGAAGAUACCUCACCAGAGUUGACAAAUCCUGCCAAUUUUACAGAUUCCUCUGAGAGUUAAGUAAGUUGACAUUCAGCAAGCCUGAAAAAGACACAUGAAAAUGAUUCAGAACAAGUUAAGUGCAUUAAGACUUGCACACUCAGCACUGUUAUCUUGAAGAUCCUGCCACAUAAAGCUGCAAAGAAACAGACCCCUUGCUCCAGGCCAUGGAAUCAUUUUUAAGCAUGACAGAAGACAAACUACUGAGCUACCAUGACAUGCAUCUAUUAACAACCUUUAGAAGAACUAGCCAUAUGGAGAAGAGGUUGGAAUUAAUGGGGGAAGUGCUUAUCCUGGUGAAUUUGCAUUGUGGAAUUGAUGAGGAAAUAGAAAGUGAAAGAAACUUGGUCAGAAUGUAAGGACUACUUUACAUCUUCUGACAGUUCUAAAACACUUUUUAAUUUGCAAGGUUUGUGGUAACAGUUCUUCUCAGUGACCAGUAUUAUAUCUAACUUGUAGGCAGUAUUAUCUAAAACACCAACACAAAAGCUGAAGUGUCACAAAUUAUUUAAUAUUUAUAAAUACAACUGGGCUACUUUAGUUCCGCAAGUCUGAAAACAGUCAAUUUCCUUGCAGUACAGUUUAAUAUGGGAGACAGCAUUUUCUAUUUCCAAGUUCGCAAGGUGAAGGAGCAAAUAAAUAUAGGAAUGGCAAUGAGAGAUUUCAUAGAUGUUUGCACUGGAUUUCUCAAAGGAUUUAAGAAUAGAAGUUAUAUAGUUGCACUUUAAUGUUUACAGAUUUUUGGAUUAUCUUGAACUUGGCUGAAAAGAAUGUUAUUUUAUAUCUAGUUUCUACUAAUAUGUACAUAUGUUGUUGUGUUUGCAAAUGAAGCACUGCCUGAGGAAACAUGAUCCAAUAAUAUUUAAACUCUGUUUAAACUAUAUAUUCAUAUACAGCUAUUUAUGCUUAGCUUUACUACUGUAUUUGUGAAGAUUUGGAGUUCAUUAAUGUAAAAUAGUUGUAUUUCUAAGUAACACUGUCUUAUUCAUUCAUUAAAUACAUAUCUAUUCGACCCUUCAUCAAAAAAUGAUGUAACAAAGCAGAGUGCAGUAAUGAACAGGAAAACAGUAUCUACAAUAAAACCAUCAAAGCUAUUAAAAUAUCACAAUAAAACCAACAUAAAAUAAAAUAAGGAAACAGACCUUAAGUCUCAUCAGUUUGUAGAUCUACAAAAGCCUGAUUAAAGAGGUACGUUUUCAGCUGGCUCCAAACAGUAACCACUGUUAGUACUAGCACAGAACAAGUGUCGCCACAGAAAACAUCCAAUUCCAGCUCAUAACACAGUGUCCUUUUGCAAUCAGCUUGACCACAAUGUCCUCUCCUAUAGAUUUUAAUGCAUAGGCAUGUUAUAUAAGGACAGGUGCUCUUCAGCUGCUUGGAUCCCCAGUCUUUAACACCAUGAAUUGGAUCAAGUAACAUACAGGCAGCCAGUAAAGAGCCUUCCUGUGUUCUGGCUGGCUGCAUUUUGCAGACCAUCUACAAGAGUAGCUCCAGACAGAAUGCAUUACAAUAGUCCAACUAGGAGAUUGUAAAGGUAAAUGGACCCCUGACGAUUAGGUCCAGUGGUGACUGACUCUGGGGUCACUUUAUUGGCUGAGGGAGCCG